GCGGAUCACUUGAGGCACGUCUGAGUUGAAAGGUUGAACGCAGUUGCGCUCUCGCGAGAUUCGUUGCCUGUUUUCACAACAGAAACAUAUUUUUAUAUUUUACGAAACGUUUUUCUAAAAUAUCCAAGCGCUGCAUACAAUGCUGGCUACAGGAGCAGCUGUAACCACGGCUCUGGCCCAAGUGGAUAGGGAAAAGAUCUACCAGUGGAUCAACGAGCUGUCCAGCCCAGAGACCCGCGAGAAUGCCCUGCUCGAGCUCAGUAAAAAACGGGAGUCCGUGCCAGAUUUGGCUCCAAUGCUAUGGCACUCCUGUGGGACUAUAGCUGCUCUCCUGCAGGAAAUAGUCAACAUCUACCCCUCAAUAAACCCCCCAACCCUCACCGCUCACCAGUCCAACAGAGUAUGCAAUGCAUUAGCACUUCUGCAAUGCGUAGCCUCUCAUCCAGAGACAAGAUCGGCAUUUCUGGCAGCACACAUUCCUCUAUUCCUGUACCCCUUCUUACACACUGUCAGCAAAACACGACCAUUUGAGUACCUCCGACUCACCAGCCUAGGAGUCAUCGGUGCCUUGGUCAAAACAGAUGAGCAGGAAGUGAUCAACUUCCUGUUGACGACAGAAAUCAUUCCCCUGUGCCUUCGCAUAAUGGAGUCUGGCAGUGAGCUUUCCAAAACGGUAGCAACUUUUAUACUACAAAAAAUCCUACUUGAUGACACAGGGCUGGCAUACAUUUGCCAAACGUAUGAACGCUUCUCCCAUGUGGCCAUGAUACUUGGCAAAAUGGUUCUUCAGCUCUCCAAAGAGCCCUCUGCUCGUCUUUUGAAACAUGUUGUCCGCUGUUACCUACGCCUGUCAGACAACUCCAGCCCCCACACCAGAGCCCGAGAGGCCCUCCGUCAGUGUCUACCAGACCAGCUUAAAGAUACCACGUUUGCCCAGGUCUUGAAAGACGACACCACCACCAAACGCUGGUUGGCACAGCUGGUGAAGAACUUACAGGAAGGCCAAGUCACAGACCCCAGGGGCAUCCCUCUGCCCGCACAGUAGCUCCCCUCACUUCUCCAGCAGGGUUGCACAAUUAUGGUAACUUUCCCAUGAUUCCCAGGUUUACGAAGACUUUCCUGGAAUCCGUGUGGAAUAAUCAGAAAAUGUGGGAAUUUUCCAAAUGGGAUUUAUGUCAAACCUGGGUAUUUUGCCAAAGUUACUGGAAUUUUGCAACCCUACUUACCAUGCAGCUGCACUGAGUGAUACCCACCAGCAAGGACCCAGCUUCCAGAAACAGGAAAAAGCCACCAGUUUGAAUGACAGACGGUCUCAUAAAGGGCUGCAUAUUUUGUGAAGAAAGACUAUUGAAUGAAAGACCUCUACUCAGCCGUUUUCUCACAGUAUCUUUCAAUCAGAUCAAACUGUCUGCCCUAUCUCCAGAAGUAUAUGGAUGCGUUUUCACUUGUCCUCAAACUAUUAGUUCUAUAUUUUUUGUCAAGGAAAUUUUUCACUAAGUGUUCUGAGAUUGAAGUAUACGACAGAGUAAAAUGUUACACCUUGACGUAUGCGGUACUGUUUAUGUGGCAUACUUUCUCUUGUGUAAUAACAUAUUACAAAGUAACUGCUUUGUAGUUACAUGCAUGUGUUAUAGAUAUGCACAUCUCAAAUAGGCUAGUGAAUGGAAAUCAACUGAAAUCCAGCUGCUUCUGUGUUGUGUAUAUUACAGAGGUUGCUGCAAGGUAAACGUGUUGGCGUGCUUCAGUGUUAACAGAUAAGGGACCCCCCCAUUUGAGCCUUGGCCCUGUCUAUCUAUGUGAAACCUGAGCUGCUGCAGUAUAUUAUUGAUGCUCUGGAACCUGAGUGGAGACUCGGUCAAAAAAAAGAAUUUCAUGUUCUCAGUGCUAAACCGUAGAGGUAACUCCGGCCUCAACACAGCCUUGUUCUCGGUCAGUGGCAAAGCAGGUAGCCUAGUGGUUAGAGCUUUGGGCCAGUAACCGAAAGGUUGCUCGGUCGAAUCCCUGAGCUGACAAGGUAUAAGUCUGUCAUUCUGCCCGUGAACAAGGCAGUCAACCCACUGUU